AUGGCUCGCCCCAAGAAGCAACCUGUUGAGAAGCAACAGCAGCAGCAACAGCCUGCUCCCGUUCCCAUCCCUCCUCAACACAUUCAGCAAUACACUCAGCACCCGCAGCCCAUUGCCGCUGUCCCUCAGCCUGCGAUGCCCAUGGCCAUGGCUCCUCCUGUUGGAGUUCCUCAACCUCAAGCUGUUAUGCCUCAACGCGUCGUUGAGGCAGAUAGCUUUCUGCGCGUGAGAGAUUCGGCUGUUGGGCGAUUGACUACUAUUCUUGAGCUUCUCCGAUCUUUCACUGCCGACUAUGUUCGUCAGACAAAUCUCUUGCUUGGUGAGCCGACUGCCGAAGGCUCGCAGGACAACCUCCUCGCCAACUUUGAGCACGCCGCUCAGCAGCUGAUUAUGCCCGUUCCUGAGCUGGCUCCUCCUGUUGAGGAGAAGAAGGAACGAAAGAAGCGAACCAUUGACCCUAACGCCCCGAAGCGUCCCUUGACUCCUUACUUCCUCUACAUGCAGCAUGCUCGCUCCAUCAUCGCUAAUGACCUUGGUUCUGAGGCUCCUAAGGGUGCCGUUCAAGAGGAGGGCCAACGUCGUUGGGCUCACAUGGGGCCACAAGAGAAGCAGGGUUGGAAUAAUGCUUACCAGUACAAUCUUCGCUUGUACAAUGCCCGUGUUCAUUCCUACAAGCACGGUAACCCUCUGGCUAAGAACAUGACUGAUGAGGAGGCCUUGAAGUACGCCGAGGACUUCAACGUCCCGAUGUCUGAGAUCAAGGAUGCUGCUCAGAUCGAAGCACCUGCCGACGACCAGGAUGCCAUUGCUGAACAGCUCCAGGCUGUGGCUGCGGCUCCCGCUAUUGACGAGCCUGAGCAAGCUGAGACCCCUGCUAAGACUCCCAAGAAGGCCACUGGCGGCCGUAAGCGCAAGACAGCCACACCUGCUGCCGCCGCUGAGGAAGCCAAACCUGCCCCUGCUAGCCCUGACAAGAAGCGACGACGCACAUCUACCAAGGCUGCCGCCGCCGAGCCCCAGGAGGAGCCUAAGAAGUCGGGCCGCAAGAAGACUAAGAGCUCUUGA